AUGCCGGAGCUGCCAAGUGGGGUGGCUUCCAUCAUCGGCGAGGCACUUCAUGCGGACGAAGCGCUGUCACUGAGCCAGGUAGACCGCAAGUGGUUCGCCGAGCUGGCGCAGCCCAGCAUUUGGCAAAGAUACCUGAAUGGACCACCCGAUCUGCUUGCCCGGCCUGUGCUGUCGGAUCGCAACACCGGUGCGCUGUUCACCGGACCUUCCGUCCACCCGCAGAACUUCCGGGCCAUCGUCGCAGCCUUGCGUCAGCCCAGCUGGUUCCGGCACUACCAAGGAAUGAAGCGUCUGGCAGGUUCGGGUCGCUUGAGCCAACCGAAGGGACUGAACAGUGGAGUCUUGAGGCAGCUUCGACAAAGGCUGCGAAGCGAUGUCCUCAACAACGAGCUUCAGGGGCUCCAGGGGAAGACAACAAAGCGGAGACGGCGAUCCUUAGAACUGGCGCUGCAGAAGCUCCAUAGCCAGCGGCAGCAAAUGCGCCUUGAGGAGUGUGGCUUUCAGAAUGGAAAGCGUGAUAGCCGUAGUAAAACGUAUAUUGAUUUGGAUGUCCAUUGA